AUUUUUUUAUCGAAGAUUCAAGAAGAUGCAUCAGUCGAAAAAAAAGAAGAUGAUAGAUCUAGCUGGGACAAUCCUUUGGAGUUUGUAUUUUCGUGCUUGAAUUAUGCUAUCGGACUAGGGAAUAUAUGGAGAUUUCCUUAUCUUUGUUACAGCAAUGGUGGAGGUGCUUUUCUUCUGGCCUACUUCAUAAUGCUCAUUCUUAUGGGCACUCCAAUUUUCUUGAUGGAAUUGCUUAUAGGCCAAUAUUCCGGAUUGGGACCGGACAUGGUAUUUAAGCACAUAGCACCGCUUUUUACUGGACUCGGAUAUUGUUGUUUAGUGGUGACUUUCUUUAUUACCACUUAUUACAUGGUUAUUGUUUCUUGGACGAUAUUUUACUUUUUUGCCUCAUUUACGAAAGACCUGGGAUUUGGUAGCUGCCAUCAUGAAUUUAAUAGCGUGGGUUGUUAUAGUGCAUCAGAAGAGGCCAAAUGCGAGGCAACAGAAACUUGGUAUAACAACAGUUGCAUGUCAUCAAACGAACUUUGUAGAUAUUUGAACAUGGAUUCGGCAAUAAGUCGAACAUAUUGCCUUAAUGGCACCGAAGAAGUUUCUAUAAAUAGAGUUGUAAAUAGGACUUUAGCUACUUCUGAGUAUUUUAGGGAUUAUGUGUUAGGCAUUGGUGAUGCAACAUGGGAAAACUUUGGCUCAAUGAGAUGGGAAAUUCUCGGAUGUCUAUUCUUUUCGUGGGUAAUGUGUUAUCUUGCGGUAUUGAAAGGCGUGAAAACAUCUGGGAAAGUGGUUUACUUUACAGUGUUGUUUCCAUAUUUUAUUUUGACUGCAUUAGUUAUUCAAGGGGUGAUCCUGCCUGGAGCUAUAGAUGGAAUUUUGUUGUAUCUCAAACCUGACUGGCAGAAAUUAUUAGAAGUUGAUGUAUGGGCUGCAGCAGCUUCACAAACAUUUUACUCAUUUGGAAUAGCUUGUGGUUCCCUAAUUACCCUAGCCUCAUACAACAACUUCAAAAAUAAUUGCAUCACAGACGCAAUAAUAGUCAGUGCGACUAAUGCUUUCACAUCAGUUUACGCCGGGUUCGCAAUUUUUUCCAUGCUUGGAUUUUUGGCCAAUGAAAUGGGUUUGCCAGUGGAUGAAGUAGCUAGAGACGGACCUGGACUAGCAUUUGUCGCUUACCCGGAGGCUAUAUUAAGAUUACCUGGUUCCACUGUGUGGGCUCUUAUGUUCUUUUUUAUGUUAUUCGUUUUGGGACUUGGAACACAGUUCGCAGGAGUCGAAGCUAUUAGUUGUUGUAUAUUAGACAAGUGGCAAGGUAUUCGCAAAUACAAAUCCUAUCUCAACCUUGUAAUUUGUACAGUAUGUUUCCUAUUAGCCAUCCCAAUGUGUUUUUCUGGUGGUAUAUACCUAUUUACUCUGAUGGAAUGGAAUACUGCUUCUUGGGCUAUAAUGUUAAUCGGUUUUGGAGAAGUAGUAGCCGUAUCUUGGUGUUAUGGCUGCUUCGAAUUCAUCGGUCACAUGGAGGACAUGAGUAUGGACAUGAGGAAAGUUUGGAGGGGUUACUGGUGGUUUUCAUGGGUUGUAAUAACUCCUUUAACACUUUUGGGAAUUUUUCUAUUCCAAAUGAUUUAUUACAUCCCAGCAUCUUAUGGAGACUAUGUGUUUCCUCUGUGGGCUGAUGCACUUGGUUGGCUUAUUGGAAUUUCAACGCUAGUGCCAUUCUUUGCACUUCUCGUUUACGUUUUAAUUAGAAAGGAGCAUGUUGGCAGAGAACUUUUCCACCACACAAAGCACUGGAAACCACAAUCUGAUGUAACUGAAAGUCGACUAUCUCUCUCAUCAGAAAAAACUCAGCCCGCUUGAUUCCAGAAAUAUUUAAUAAACCGUAAAAAGUUGGCCUUUUGUUUUAUCUUUUAAGCUUUCCAAGGAAAGUUUCCAGAAUCACCGUGAAUUGCAG